UUAUAAUAAGGGGAAAAAUGUCUGUCAGUUCUUUAGAAAUACUGGAUCCCAAUGGACGUUUUCCUAGGCGUGAUAUUUUACGUAGUUUAGAGGAAUCCGCUCAGAAAAAAUGGAAGGAAAAUAAAAUAUUUGAAUCUACUUUGCCUUCUGCUUCUAAUACUUCUCAGGAAACUUUUUUCGUUACAUUUCCGUACCCGUACAUGAAUGGAAGACUUCACUUAGGACAUGCGUUUACUCUUUGUAAGGCUGAUUUUGCAGCUAAAUACGAACGUUUAAAAGGUAAAAACGUACUUUUUCCUUUUGGACUACAUUGUACCGGGAUGCCUAUAAAAACAUCCGCUGAUAAAAUCAAGUUGGAAUUGGAAAACUACGGAAAUCCUCCCCAGUUUAAUAUAGAUACUUUGGACGAACUGAAAAUUUCAGUGCAUGACAUAUCUAAAAAGAAGAACAAACCCAGCAAAGUUGCGGCAAAAGCAGGAAAAAGUAAGUUUCAAUGGGAAAUUAUGAAGUCUUUGGGACUGUCCGAUGGGGAAAUUGCGGCCUUCAGCGAUCCCCUCCAUUGGCUGUACUUUUUUUCUCCGCUCGCCGUGAAAGAUUUAAAGAAGUUUGGAUUAAGCGUUGAUUGGCGGCGCACAUUUAUUACGACGCCUGCUAAUCCCUAUUAUGAUUCAUUCGUUCGAUGGCAGAUGAUUACUCUGAAGGAGCGCGGAUAUAUCCUUUUUGGGAAGCGCCCCACCGUGUACUCCCCGCUCGACCGGCAGCCCUGUAUGGACCAUGACAGGUCUUCCGGUGAAGGUGUUGAGAUUACCGAGUACACGUGUGUUAAACUAGAAGCCCUAAAACUCCCUGCGCCCCUUUCAUUUAUUAAUGGGCCGAGAGUUUACUUUAUUGCAGCCACCUUAAGACCAGAGACGCUGUACGGCAUCACAAACUGCUUUGUCCAUCCCGAAAUUGACUACGGUUGCUACGAAGUCAGUAAAAAUGAAGUUUUCAUAUGUACCCGUCACUGUAGCAGAAAUUUAGCGCAUCAGUUAGAGACUUCCUCUGGCUUUGGUAAAAUAAAAGAGUUGGCCAUUAUAUCUGGAAGAGAACUUUUGGGCUUACCUGUGAAAGCACCUCUUAGCUGUUAUGAAAGGAUAUACACUCUACCGAUGCUAACUAUAAUAGGCACAAUGGGAACUGGAAUUGUUAUAUCGGUCCCUUCGGAUUCUCCAGAUGAUUAUAUCAACUUUAUUACUUUGAAGCAGAAGCCGGAGUGGAGAUCGAAGUGGAAUAUUCACGAUUCAAUGAUUCUUCCCUUUGACCCCGUUCCUAUAAUAAAAACUGAAGGGCUCGGUAACCUCCCAGCCGUUACCGUUUGCCAAAAGUAUAAAGUUGGCGGCCCCAACGACCAGGCGAAACUGGCCGAGUGCAAGAAGCACGUGUAUGUUAAAGGCUUUUAUGAAGGCGUGCUGCUCGUUGGCGAAUAUUCUGGUCGACCUGUUCAAGAAGCCAAACCCAAAAUCAAAACUUUUCUCUUUGAACAUGGUUAUGCCUUUUCCUACGCGGAGCCCUCUGAACCAAUCAUAUCCCGUUCAGGUGAUACGUGUGUAGUGGCACUGGUAGACCAAUGGUAUGUUGACUAUCGGAAUGCUCUUUGGACCGAGCGGGUCUUAUCACUCCUAGAAAACGUCCGCUGUUAUGAGUCUGAUACGCUAGCGCAGUUCAAGCAGCAAAUCAGUAAUUUGCACGAAUGGGCGUGCUCACGUUCCUACGGUUUGGGCACCAGAAUUCCUUGGGAUGAACAGUUCCUUGUGGAGUCGCUUUCUGAUUCGACAAUAUAUAUGGCCUAUUACACGAUUGCUCAUUUGCUUCAAGGCGAGGAUAACAUCGAUGGCUCGAAACCUUCUCCUAUUGGUGUACGUCCUGACCAGCUCACCAAAGGCACUUGGGAUUAUAUAUUCCUGGAAGGACCGCUUCCAACUGAUUCUGAUAUUCACGAGGAGAAACUUCGACUCCUUCGACAAGAGUUUCAAUACUGGUACCCGGUGAGCCUGCGCGUUUCCGGUAAAGACCUUAUCAACAACCAUUUAUCUUUUUUUUUAUUUACCCACGAGGCCAUGUGGGGACAAAAGUACUUUCCCAAGGCCAUUCGAGUCAAUGGCCAUUUGAAACUUAAUAAUGCCAAAAUGUCUAAAUCUACUGGAAACUUUUUGACUCUUGAAGAGUCUAUCAAUUCUUUUGGCUCGGACGCCACGCGGUUGGCCCUUGCAGACGCCGGCGACACGCUCGACGACGCGAAUAUCAACUAUGCUACUAUGUCCAAGCUAAUUCUCCGACUUCAUGCCUUUUAUGAGUACUUCCAGGAGUUGAUUAGCGCUAAAAAUGUUGAUAAAAUGCGCACUGACGAAUACAAUUACUUUGAUAAACUUUUUGAUAAUUAUAUGAAUUAUCAUAUUCGCGAAGCCGAUAAGUUUUGCGGAAAUAUGCUCUACCACGAAACACUGAAGCAUUGCCUUUUUGGAUAUCAGAAUAGUUUAAGUCUGUACAGAGAACUUUUGCACGAUAUCCCUUUUCACAGAGCGCUGAUUUGGAAAUAUCUCGAGUCGCAAAUUGUUAUGCUAUCCAUAUUUUGUCCGCACCUGUCAGAGAGAUGUUGGGAGCUUCUUGGUCACCCCGGAAGCGUUUUAGCUACCACGUGGCCAGCGUCGGAAGCGGUGGACAUUAAUUUAUUCACUGCGACUGUGCAUUUGGAAAAUGUUGCGAAUGAAAUUCGUGGGAAACUGCUUGAACUUCAAGAGCAAAAGAAGAAACACAAUACAAAAAUAUCUCCUAAGAAAGUCACUAUUUACGUUGCAAAAGAGUAUAAGAAUGAAAAAAAAAAACUUCUUGAUUUGAUGUGUAAGCUUUACCAUGAGGACCCUGAAGUUUUCAACAACAAGAAAGCGAUGCUUGAGUUGAUCAGGUGUGAUUCUGAACUGAAGCCGUUCCUUCCCAAGUUGAUGCCGCUCGUGGCUUUUACUCAGGAAGAAGUCAAGAAAAAGGGGCCACGUGUUUUGUCCACGGAAGCGUGCUUUGACGAAUAUGAGUUUUUGAAUAUUGUAAAAGACUAUUUGAAGCGCACUUUGCCUCUGGAAAAUGUUGAAGUUGUAGCCUUGGGUGAUCCGCUUCCUGGAGUUGAUAAGUCUAUCAUUGAAAAAUGUGAACCGAUGCGACCAGUGCCAGUCUUUCAUUAAUUCGUGAAACGUGCGGGGACAUCGAUUGU